CUUGUUUACGAAGUUUCGACAGACUUGUUUCUUCCAUCGCUAUAUUUAAAUCUCUGAUCUUUCUCUCUCUUAAUCUCUCCCUUUCUCUGCCGUUUGCGAAGCUUCUCUCCGGUGGAAAAUGGCGGAAUCAGAAGCCAAUCAACCGACGGAAAUCGUCCAAGAUAGUGAGAAGCAACUAAAGUAUCUUGAUUUCGUUCAAAUCGCGGCGAUUUACGUUGUCGUCUGCUUCUCAACCAUCUACGACUAUGCCAAAGAGAACUCAGGUCCGUUGAAACCCGGCGUUCAGACCGUUGAAGGCACUGUCAAAACUGUCAUCGGACCGCUUUACGAGAAGUGUCACGACGUCCCUUUCGAGCUCCUCAAGUUCGUCGAUCGCAAGGUGGACGAGUCGAUAAACGAGUUGGAUCGUCACGUGCCCUCUUUAAUGAAACAGGCUUCGAGCCAAGCCAUGUCUGUGGCUCAGAAGGCUCCAGAGGUGGCUCGAACCGUGGCUUCGAAAGUACAGCGCGCCGGUGUUGUCGACACGACCACGAACAUAGCGAAGACGGUGUACACCAAGUAUGAGCCGACAGCCAAAGAGCUGUACACGAAGUACGAGCCGGUAGCUGAGCAGUACGCGGUGACCACGUGGCGCUCAUUGAAUCGGCUUCCGCUGUUUCCUCAAGUGGCUCACAUCGUGGUCCCAACGGCGGCGUACUGGUCGGAGAAGUACAAUCAGGCCGUGACUUCUACGGCGGAGAGAGGAUACACGCUGUCUUAUUAUCUGCCGCUGGUGCCCGUUGAGAGGAUCGCCAAGGUGUUUGAGGGUGCUGAGAAUGGGCCCACUGUUUCGACCAAUGAGGAAGCUGCUGCCAUGGCGCAGUAAAAGGAGUGUAAUGGUGGUGAUGAAGUGUUAAAAAAAAAAAAUGAUGAUGGUUUUUUUUUUGGGGUGAGGUUUGGUAGGGUUUCACAUCUAUACUGUGUAAUGUAAUUUCCUUGUUUGCUUGCUUGCUUGCUUCUGUUCUUUAAGGUGAUCACAACCCAUUUUGUUGUUUUGGGUAUUUGUUAUUAGUCUAUGUCUAUAUCACCAUAACAUAAAUCUACUUGGGUUCUAUAUGACAUGAAAUAGAGAGAGUGCUUAGGAUUAUUUGAUGGUUGAAGUCAUGCGUGCUUUGUUCAAAUUUUCCGGGUUUGUUUGGAAAUUGGAGUUGUGUGCAUUAAGUGGUGAAUUCAGAAUAGAGAAUCGG